UUCAGUCACUCUGCGCGGGAGUUACGAACUGACAGCUGUUUGAGGAGGGGGUUGCUGGGGAUGGCGCGGAGAAACAAAAAGGCAGUAGAUUAUUCUCAGUUUGGAGAUGCGGAUGAUGAUGAUGAUGAGGACUUCGCAAGUAUAGCCGCACCAUCAAAGAAGAAGUCGAAGAAGGUGUACUCUGAGACAAAGAAGGAGAAAAAGGAAUCACAAAAUAAGCUCCUCAGAGGGGAGGUUGAGUUGCAGAAAAGAGCAGCCAACAAAAGGGUUGCCUUGGAUGACAAGCUUUAUCAAAGAGACUUAGAAGUUGCCUUAGCGCUGUCUGUUAGUGAACCAGCUUUAGGCACCUGCAUAGUAAAAGAUUCACAGGAACAAGUCCUGCAUGAAAGUGCAGAUGAACGUGACCAGACUGGAAAGGAUCUCGGACAAAGAACAGCAGCAUCUCAGCAGAAGGUGCUGACUGGAAGCCAAAGCAGUGCAAGCUCUGCUCACAGCUAUGAGCCAGAGAUGGCUUCAGCUGAAGAAUCAGAAGCUAAUUCCAGCUUCAGCGAAGACAGUCAUGAUGAAUUUCCUGUGAAAAAGGCAACUAAAGAAAAUGGAAAGGGUGGGAAGACAUUAAAUGCUAAAAACGAAAAAGCAAAGACAACUACCAAAGUGAAAAGGAGUUGUGAGGUUCAAGCAAAACCUGAGCCAGCUUUGAAAAGAGUGCCAAGUUCUUCAGAAUCAACGGGGAAGCCUUUAAAAGCAUCAGGCUCUACAGCACUCAAGAGGCCCAGCUGGACACCACCAGCUGGAAGCCGUAAGAGCCCACUGGGAGGAGUCCUUGUGAAAUCACCCACUCAGAGUCUCAGACUUGGCCUUUCAAGACUGGCAAGAGUGAAGCCCUUGCACCCCAGCAUUGCCAGUGUCUGAAUGACCCUGUGAUGAUUUUAGAAGUUGCAAACUCAAAGGACCAGUGGAAAUGGGGAAUAUUCCUAAUUUUAAAAACAAGAAAUUGGAAAACCUGUGGACCGUAAACUGGUGGCAAUUCAGGACUGGGAGAUGCAUUUUAAAAACUUUUGUAAGAUCUGAACUGAUGACAAUACUUAAAAUCUUGUGUAAUGUUCCUAAUCUUAUGCUGUGAUCCCCCUUUAACAACUGAAAUUUUUCACAUUUUUGGCAUAUUCACUCACUGUUGAGGGUGAGUGGUGACUGCUUGUGGUCUGUGGAAGUCCCUGAUAUCAGAGCCACCACCAGUGGGCCAGGACAGAUAACCUGGGAUACCCAUCUACCGACCUAUGGGUUGGAUCCAGAGUAGUACCAGUGGAUCUCCAUUGAUGGAACUGAACUUUCCUGUCUCCCAGGAUUCUGUUCUUGGGUGACAUUUGACCCUUGAGAACACUGUCGGUGGCAGAAGUGUGGAUUUACAGUAAGGGGGGGGGAAUUGGAAAAAAAUCACCCCCUCCGUUGACAGAAGGGCCUUCCAUCAGCUGAAGAUGAUAUUUAGAUUCAGUUCAUGAUUUUUAAACAUCGCGAUAUAUAUACAACAAAGCUUGUGUCACUUGAUAUUUAACUAAAAGCACUGUUCAGCUUACAAUCUGGUAAUUUCGGUCUUCACGUAACAGGAGUACAUGCUAUCAAAUCUGUUUUCCUUGAUGCGUCUCAGCAAACUUUACUUCUCCUCAGAUCUUGGCAAUGUGCAUUUAAGCUUUUGUUGGUGAACAUAUAUUGUAUCACUGUGACUUGUAUAAAAUAAAAAUUUUUUAGA